AUGGUUUCCACUUCACUCUUUUUCUUGGUGAUUUUAAUUUCUGCUGUAAUCGCCCAGCAACAAUGUGUACCCUACACAUCUCAGUUCACUUUUACGCCUGGGGAGUAUCCAAAUAUUUGGUCAACACCUUCAACCGAAGUUUUUAACACAGCUGAAUUCAAGCAAGUCAACAGUUCAAUUAAAUGGAGUAUGGUACCCAAUAUUCCUCCAAAAGUAAUGGUAAAUGGGACUUUCGUUUCGAGUACUUAUCCUGCUACCGACCCAGAUUGUUGGUGGUCCUACAAAUUGUGUGUAACGCCCAAAGCUCCUGGAGUGAACCCUGAUUAUUACAUGUGUCCUGAACCUGACACCUGGGGUUUAACAUACGAUGAUGGUCCAAAUUGCUCGCAUACUCAAUUUUAUGACUUCCUUAAGCAAAACAACCAAAAGGCGUCUAUGUUUUUUGUUGGAUCAAAUGUUGCUGAUUGGCCCAACGAAGCUAUACGUGCACUCACUGAUGGUCAUCAUAUUUGUGUUCACACAUGGUCUCACCCCUACAUGACUACUCUUACUAAUGAUCAAGUGCUCGCAGAAUUAUACUACACUAGAAAGGUUAUUAAAUAUGUCAUGGGUAUAACACCUCUUUGCUGGCGUCCUCCUUUUGGUGACGUUGAUGAUCGAGUUCGUGCGAUUGCUCAGCAACUUAACAUGUCAACUGUUAUAUGGAAUCUUGACUCUGAUGAUUGGCAAAUGCAACCUGCGGGCUCAUUUACAUCAGCACAAGUUGACUCCAUUUUCCAAGGCUUUGUCGACAUGGGUAAAAAUGGCACUUUCGCAACUUCUGGAGCGAUUGCACUGGAACAUGAACUAAAUAAUGGAACUAUGUCGAAAGCUGAGCAAUGGUAUCCGGCGAUCAAAGGCGCCUAUAAAUAUGUUGUUCCUGUCGCCACAUGUUUAAAUAUUUCCCAGCCAUAUGCUGAAACAAAUUACACUUACCAAACAUUUGCUCAGAUGCUUGCCACGACUAGCAAUAAUAGUACCAGUACUCCUGGUGGUUCUGGUACUAGUUCUGGUCCGAAUGGUGCUAAAUCUAGUACUACCAAAAAAUCAUCAUCUGUUUCGAUAACGAGUUACAUCAGCUUAAUUUCCACAGUAGUCAUAAUGCUUAUAGCACAAUUAUUUGGUAACCUAUUUCAACAAGCAUAG